AAUUCUCCGUGUUUUAUUUAUGCAGCGAGCCUUGCAAAAUACCCCAACAAGGAGAGCUCUUUUCAAAGACAUGGUAUUCUAAUUGCAGAGGAAGCUACAUUAGUUGCUGCCGCAGAGAAGAGGAAAAGGGGACAGAGCGUUAUUGCAACUGCUAAUUCGAAGAGCAGAAAUGAUGUUUCCCGUAAGUCUUAUAACGUUACACUUCUUCCAGGUAUUGGUGCUCUCAAUUCUUGUUCUAACAUGUGUGUAUAUAUACCUAGAAAAGUACUCAUUCAUAGAGACAGAAUCUCAACGGUUAGAUUUAAGAUGAAAUAGUUACGGGCAUGUUAAGUUUUGUGCAUAUAUAAUUACUUGUUUGAGCAAAAGUACCUUUAUAUCAUACGUCAUACAUAUUGAAGUUAUUUCAACAUGUGUGUAUUGCUUGCAACUUGUUCUUCUGGGCAUGUAUUUUUUUGUCUGUAAACUUGCUUGCAUGCUAAUACUUUUAAAAGGUACUUGCAGGUUCCUUAUCCGUUAACUUCACAGCAUAUUUCUUUUAAUUUUACUGCAUGAAAGAGUCUUAUUAGAUUCUGUUAUCUAUUUCUUUGUCCUAGAGCGUAGUUGCAGGUUCCUCUUUUCGCAAUAUAAAGGGUAGAUGGUAUAUUUGCAAUUAUUUGGUUCUAUAAUAUAUAUAAUAUGUGUGUAUGUGUCUCAAUAUAGGCAAAUAUAGGUAGCAUUCAAAGCAAUGAUUGAGAACGUUCAUUUGAACAAGUUAAAUAUAUCACCUCAAGCAAAUGCGAAAUGGACAUCUAUUCACUUGCAUAAACGGAAAUCAUAUCAUUGUAAUUUGAAGUGCAUCGUCUACGAUUGAUGGUUACUUUUUAGCAACGAUAUUUUGGUGUUCUCACAUAAACAUUAUUCAUUAUCGCUAUAUAAUGUAUCUUGAUUUUAUGUCUUUCAGAUAUUGAAAAUUCACCAAGUAGGAAGCACUAUGCUCUCAUGUUGAAGAUCUGGAUGGAGUUUAUAGCAGUUGGAGGAUCUC